AUGUCGACCGGACGCAAGGUCUUUCACUGCGCCGUGGAUGAGACGGCUCUGACUACCAAUAUCAGCGAGAUCAAGAAAUGGACCACCAACGGGUCCAUCGAUCUUAUUGUCCCUCUUUACACCCUUGAACGGCUCCACGCCUUGAAACGGGCGGGAUCGCAAACCGCUAUCAAUGCCCGCGAGGCCGUUCGCUUUCUCGACCGAGUCACCUCCGGCAAAGACACCAUCGCUUCCGACCGAGUCGAACUUCAAGGUCCCAAUCAACUUUUCGAGCACUGGGAGGAUGCGGAGAAAUUCUUCUUGCCAGAAUUUGAGGAGGAACCGGAGGCCCUGACGGACGAAGCCAAUGCGGUUGCCGAUAUGCCUCCAUCGCCGACCAAGCGGCAGGAGAACCCUCGCGCACCAGCUCCGGAUGAUUUGUCGCAGAUGCUGCUCAGCAGAUUGAAUUUCAAGAAAGACCCCGAGGUGACCUCCAACACCUCCGCGGGCUCCCCGAGCGGGCCAGCCUCGCGCACUUCGUCCCGCAGCUCGCGUACCAGCCCCGAAUGCGCUCAGCAUGAAAAUGGAAACUCGAAAAAACCGGAGAAAGGCAAGGCUGGCCACCAGCGCACCGUUUCGGGGUCUACGAUUCCCGUGGCCCCGGCUGAACUCCGCCCGUUGCUGAAUGCUCUCUUAUGGCGUUUGCACAGUGGUCCGGACGGCGAGAACUCUGCUAAAGGCUGCAUCCUUGUAUCCAAUGAUCGUGCCACCCAGAUCUGGGCCCAGAAGUUCGGCAUUGCUGUGAAGAAUAUCGUUCAGUUGCGCACUGCGAUUCAAUAUGAGGAGCGCGAAUACAAGAACCGCUGCAAAUACGUUGAGAAGACCCAGACUCAGACUCAUGCUUCCGAACCCAAGACUCUUUUGUCCUACGAGGACGAAAGCGACGAGGACGAGUUGGUUUUUGUUCCUCGUGGUCGCGGCAAUGGCAAGGGCCCCUCUCGGGGUCCGCGCGGCGGGGCAUCUCGCAAGGCUGCUGCAAAGGUCAGCCCCCCAACCGUUACUGAGCCCCCAACAACGGCGAUAGAAGUGCCCACUCAACCCAUCGAUCCGAACUCGUUCAGCCGAUCCAUCGGGGCCGCCAAGGCCCCGCCCGCUGUCGAUUUGAGCCCCCAACAGACCGGUGGUCGCGGCAACGCAUCUCCCCGUCGCGGUUCCAACGGACGCCGCGGUGGAGCCAGUCGUGGAUCCAGCCGUGGUGCUCCUCGCGGUGCAGCACGAGGUAACGGACGAGGUCGAGGUAAACUUUGGGUUCCUUGA